UGUAAAUUAAGAAAAGCUAUAGAAUAAAUCCGUCUCCUUAUUCAACGAUCUCUCCGCUUCUGUUUCCCCAUUGGUGCUUUUCAGAUUCAGCUUAGCGCAGCCAGCCCUCUCGCUUCCGUAAUAUUAACGAUGCUCGGAGCGCGACUUUGCGUCCGUACAGUGUCGGGGUUCGGGACCUUGAGCGAUCGAACAAAUGCGAGCCCUUCGAGCUCGAACCCUGGCUCGAUUCGGUUUGGUUUCGGGGCCAAACGGUGUCGUAAGCCCCACCCCAUACUCGUCGUUUCUUGCAAGUCUUCCCGCGGAACCGCAGGCUUCGGCCGCGGAUCCGGCAAUGCCGACGAUGAUAGCGCCCACGAGUUUCUCGAAGCUUCUCUCCUUCUCUCAGAAACAUUCUUGCAUUAUCGUAUGUGGAGGCAAGGAUUUCUAAAAGAGAGGAAAUGGCAGUCCUGGCCUGGUCAAUUGACUCCGUUUUCAGUCCAAGGGCAAAAACCCCGAGUUGGCGUCGAUUUAAUUGGAGAGGAUCUUUUUCACAACUUUCAGAGUCCUACGAUCUUUCUCAAGAUUUCUUGUGAUGGAGAUUUUUUGCUACCGAUUAUUGUAGGGGACUAUGCUAUUCAAAAACUUAUAGAGCCACAAUUGGAAGAUAAGAAUGGGGAUUCCCCAGAUCAAUUCCAGUUUGUCAUAAAUCUCGUGGAAAAACUAGACUAUGAAGUCAAUAUGGUGAGAAUUACAGAAAGAGUGAUUAACACUUACUUUGCCAGACUAUAUUUUAGCAAGCCAGGGAAAAAUGACAUUCUAAGUGUGGAUGCACGUCCCUCAGAUGCCAUAAAUGUGGCAAAUAGAUGCAAGGCACCUAUAUAUGUAAGUAGACAAAUUGUCUUGACAGAUGCUAUUAGAAUUGGUUAUGGAAGGGGCGUAAUGCGUAAUACUAAGUCUACGUAUGAUGUCUCCCUUGACAGUGCUGCAGAUGGUCCAAAUACACUAUCUGAGGAACUUGAUUUGGUGAAGAAUAUGAAUUUGGCUGUCAAAGAAGAGAGGUACAAAGAUGCAGCCAUGUGGCGAGACAAACUAGUGAAGCUUCGCGAGUCAAUACAUUAACAUUAACCAGUUACAAAGUACAUCGUCGUUUAUGUUUGUUUAUCAAACAUUGGAAUGGAACGUGUUCAUGAAGCUUUCAAUUGUGCUAGUGGCUGGUCCUUUUGUUGUUAGAGAAAAAUGGUUCCAAGUAUAUCGUCUCAUGGGUGGCAGGAUAACUUAUUCUUGGAGAAAAAAAUGCUUUGUUAGCCUUUUGGCACAUCUUUUCAGUAGGAAUACUAGAAGUGUCACGAAUGCCUUGAGGAAUUAGUUGAUGUAUUAAGAAACUUCAAAAUUACAGUUUGUACAGCUUCAACGUUGGAAAUAUUGUUCUUUGUAGGUAGAUGUAAAAUCAUGUAUUUAAUUAAAUGUUCCAACCAUGUAGAUUAUCAAAACACUCUUACCUGGAGAUUUAAUUGCCAAAGCCAACUACAGAUUGGUUUGUAUGUAAUUCUUCACAAAUGAUGUAUGACAAGACACUCCAUUAAUUUAAUGUACAUACUCUCUUUGCAUCAACAGUACUUCUAUGAA